AUGUCACUUUCACGCAAUUUGGUCGACCUUUAUGUACUGGCCAGCGCCGUUACCAAGGUUGGAUCGUGUGUGAUUGCCAAUCAAUCAGCCGCAAUAUGCCUUCAUGUAAAGACAUCCAGUAUUUUGAAUCCUACCACCAUCAUUGACGAAACAUCACAACCUCCUGCUCCUGCUUCUGCUUCUGCCUUCACAGCACAAGAGCAACCCCAAGGGGAGUCUCCAUCACCCAUCAAAGCGCCACCAGCUAAUCACACAACUGCCAUCGAAGUACCAUUCCCUGGAUUUGAAGAGAAUCCACCUCUUGCUCAACAAAACAAAGAAAUAGAUACCAUAGCACCUACCUCGUCAAUGACCCCUAGCAUGAAUGAAACUGCUGUGCCUGGAUCCGAACCUAUAGUACCCAAGCAAGAGCCGGUAACGAUGGAAACGCCAAAGAUAUCGACACCCGUUGCUGAAGACGUUGUGAAGGAAGUGCAGCAAAUUGUGGAAGAGACGAAGCGCAGAGAACUAAAGGAAUCACGAAUUCCUACAUCUCGGUUUGGCAGACUUUGGAACUACGGUACACUGGCUACUGGCAUGGGAAUGGGUGCGAUCAAUGAAUCAUUUAAACGAGCAACUGGAAUAUCGCAAGAGAGUUCUGGCUCAGUCAUGUUGAGUGAGAGCAACGUCAAUCGACUAGUUGACAAACUGUCUCGUAUGAGAGGUGCCGCAUUAAAGAUGGGGCAAAUGCUGAGUAUCCAAGGCAUUCAAGCAGCAGGCGACAAGACUGGAUUACCGCCUCAAUUAGAGCAAAUUCUACUGCGAGUGCAUGACAGUGCCAAUUACAUGCCUCGAAAGCAAAUGGAAAAGGUGAUGGCCAAGGAACUCGGUGGGGAUUGGCAAUCCAACUUUAGAGACUUUGAUCCCAUUCCUAUUGCUGCUGCCUCCAUUGGACAGGUGCACGCAGCUACAUUGGCAUCUACAAAUGAGCCUGUAGUCAUCAAAAUCCAAUACCCUGGUGUUGCAGAAUCCAUCGAUAGUGACUUGAGCAAUUUAAAGGCACUGGUGACAUUCAGCAAUCUGCUGCCUCGCGGACUUUAUUUGGACAACACCAUCAAGGUGACAAAAGAGGAGCUUGCUUGGGAAUGCGAUUAUGUGCGUGAGGCCAACAAUGCCAUCAAGUUCAAAGAGCUGUUGGCUGGCGAUGAUCGAUACAAGGUGCCUAGUGUGGUCAAGGAUCUUUGCACAACACGUGUGCUGGUUAGUGAGAGGUUGCAAGGACGUGUUCUGAGUAAAGCAGUGGAGGAAUCACAGGAGAUUCGUAAUGAGCUAGGCGAGCACUUGCUGCGUCUCUGUUUGCGAGAGGUCUUUUCAUUCAGAUUCAUGCAAACAGAUCCCAAUUGGUCCAACUUUUUCUACAACAAGAGUCAAAUUGAACUGCUUGACUUUGGAGCUUGCCGUGAAUUCCCCAAGGAGUUUCUGCAAAUCUAUGGCCGCAUUCUUAUUUCAGCAGCUAACAAUGAUCGUGAAGGUGUUUGGAACUACUCGAAACAGCUGGGCUUUGUCACGGGCUACGAGACAGAAGUGAUGCGCAACGCACACAUUGACAGUGUCAUGGUGUUGGGAGAGCCAUUCAGAGAGACAGCACCCGACAACUACGAUUUCUUGAGUCAAACCAUCACACAAAGGGUGCGAGAGACCAUCCCUGUCAUGCUGAGACAUCGCCUUACACCUCCACCCGAUGAAACCUACGGUCUCCACAAGAAACUAUCAGGCGCCUUCUUACUGUGUACAAAGCUCGGCAGCCGAUUCGACACAAAGGCAGUGUGGAAAGAGGAAGUGCAAGAUAAAUUCAAAAUGUAA